CACCAGCGGGUUUGAUUCCCGGCGAAAUGUGAUCCUGCAUUUGGCCCUUUAAUAGGAAUUAGGGAUAAACCUAGGGAAUGGGGAUCCACGUCAAGGAGGCACUGUCUCCUGACCUCUCUCUACGAGCACGAGAGACACGGGGAACCGGAGUUAUACAGGACGAUACUACAGCAUGAAACGUUGACAGAAGAGGAAUAGUAGGAACAGGCUACAGUCAGAAAGUUAAUGAGAAUAGCAGCCGAGAGCCGUGAUGUGAUUUACCGGGCCACUUUACUACGCGAGGAAAGAGCGAGAGAGAGAGACUACAACAUCACAAGGUCCGGGUCAGUCGGUUACCAGGCGACAGGGUCCAUCUGUCGGGCAGCGGUGCGGUCAACAUGGCAGACGUCUUGGAGAGUGGCAGGGCGGGUGCAGGCUCCGUAGUAGGAGCAGGUAGCGUGGACUGGCAGAAGCGUUGUGUUGCCCUGGAGAUGCAGCUGCUCAGGUUUCGUCUGCAGGCGGGGAAGAUCCGAGAGCUGCUGGCCGAGAAGAUGCAGGAGUUGGAGCUGAGGGUGACAGAGUCUGACCAACGGGCUGAGAGGGCUAAGAAACAGAUCCAUGUCAUGGAAGAGAAGCUGAAAUAUGCAAACGUACAACCCAGUGAAUCAGAGAACUCAGUGUUCAGAAGGUACCAGGACCUGACCAAUCAGGUGCAGGAGAAAGAUGCAGUGAUAAAGAGGUUAGAGGUGCAGCUGGAAAAACAGAUCUUAGUCAGAGCCCAGGAGGCUAAGAUCAUUGAGGAGAAGGCUGCUAAAAUCAAAGACUGGGUUACGUUUAAGCUACGAGAGAUGGAGAUUGAGAACCAGCAGCUGAAAAUGUCCAACCUGAAGCAGGCCGAACAGAUUAUGAUGCUGGAAGACAAACUGCAAGCUCUCCUGGAGAAGCCUUCAUCUCCCCUUCCCCCCACCUCUCCUUCCACAAACACCCACCAGGUACCCUCCAGCCCUCUGUACCCCUCAUGCUGUCCUGGGACCCCAACUGUCCAGGAGGAGACAGGCUGGGGGAGACAGACAGGUCCAGGGGAUAGAGCAGAGGAGCCCUGUAAACCGAGAGGAGACAGAGGAGACACAACAGGCCACGGCACUGUGACAGUAACCCUGCCAGACACUCCCUCUCUGGGCAGCAAGGGCAGGGAGGCUGGCGCUGGACCUGGUAGUCCUGUUCCAACCACUGGAGGCCAGGACCAACCACUAGGUAGCGCUACUCCCAGAGAUCACUCCUCGGACGAGCUCAACAGCAGGUUCCGCUCCCAACGUCUCCACUCUUCCUCCUCUUCCUCUUCCUCCUCCUCAUCUUCCUCUGCCUGUGAAACAACACACGGGGGUCCCAGGACCCCUGAUAUCCCUACCUCCACCUCCACCCCCAAAAACCCUCUCCUCUGCCGCUCUCCAUCUAACUCCCACCCCUUCCAGACCCACACCCAGCCCCUGGCACUACCCUCCCAUACUGGGACCAGCAUGACCCUACCCAAGGUGCGGACCCCUCUGACCCUACGAGACAGUAUCCAGCUGCUGAAGAAACACUACAGUCAGCCCCAGCCUGGAGGUGUGGACCGGCUAUACCACCUCAACGUCCCCAGUCAGCCCCAACCUGGAGGUGUGGACCGGCUGCACCACCUCAACGUCCCCAGUCAGCCCCAACCUGGAGGUGUGGACCGGCUGCACCACCUCAACGUCCCCAGUCAGCCCCAACCUGGAGGUGUGGACCGGCUGCACCACCUCAACGUCCCCAGUCAGCCCCAACCUGGAGGUGUGGACCGGCUGCACCACCCCAACGUCCCCAUAGACAUCAUGACUGCUUCCAGCACCCAGAGCCUUGCGUCUCCCUCCACCUGCAGUCACUUCCUGGUGGAGACAGAUAUAGAUGACGGGCUGCCUGACAGUAUGGAGGGAGUGGUAGAGGGGGCAGAGGGUCCUCCCCAGGAAGGAGUGUCGUUUGUUGGGUUGGCUGAGGGUCUGGAACUGCUGGAUCCGGAGGUUCUGAAACCCCCCACCCCGCCUCUGCACCGCUUCCCAUCCUGGGAGAGCCGUAUCUAUGCUGUGGCCAAGUCAGGGAUGACAGUAUCGGAGACGACCACAGGAGCCAGAGGUCCUGGUCCAGGAAAACCACAGUACCCUGCGGCAGGACCAUUCACUCACCUGAUUUACAAGAACAUCACUGUACCCGUGUAUACCACACUGAAAGGGAAAGCCACUCAGAUCAGCAGUGUGCCCCUGCAUGAUGAUGACUCUGGUUCGGAGGAUGACAGUGGCUCUCUGGCCAGCCUCAGGACCUCCACCCUGGGCCCAGAAAGGAAGGGCAGCACCCCCGGGAGCCCCCGUGCCGUCAAGAGGGGUGUGUCCAUGUCAUCCAUUAGCUCUGAAAGUGACUACGCCAUCCCUCCUGACGCCUACUCCCUGGAAUCUGACUACUCUGAGCCAGAACACAAAGUCCAGAGAACAUCUUCAUACUCCUGCGAGAGCCUGCGAGAGCCUGAGAUACUGGAGAAGUCAGGCUACCUGCUGAAGAUGGGCAGUCAGGUUAAAGCCUGGAAGAGACGCUGGUUCAUCCUGAGGAACGGAGAGAUCUUCUACUACAAGUCUCCGAGCGAUGUGAUACGGAAGCCUCAGGGUCAGAUGGAGCUGAACUCUUCCUGUCGUAUCGCCCGUGGAGAAGGAGCACAGACCUUCCAGUUGAUAACAGAGAAGAAGACAUUCUUCCUGACGGCUGACUCUCCCAACAUCUUGGAGGAGUGGAUCAGAGUUCUACAGAACAUCUUCAAAGUCCAAGCCAGCAGCCCCAUCGCCAUGGAGACCACCACCGCCAAACCCACCGUGAGGGGCUGGCUCACUAAGGUGAAGCAUGGCCACUCUAAGCUGGUAUGGUGCUCUCUGGUCAACAAGGUCUUCUAUUAUUACAGGAACCAGGAAGACAAGCUCCUCCUAGGCCAGCUGCGGAUGCGUGAGGCGGUGGUGGAGGAGGUGGACAGGUCAUGUGACUCUGACGAGGACUACGAGGCCGGUGGGCGUGGCUUCUUGUCAUCUCACUGUACCCUAGUGGUCCACCCCAGAGAGCAGAGCCCCACCUACCUGCUCAUAGGGACCAAGCAAGAGAAGGACACCUGGCUGUACCACCUGACAGUCGCGGCAGGCAGCAGUGCCAGCUUCAAGGUGGGCACAGAGUACGAGCAGCUGGUCGGGAACCUCCUAGACGUAGAGGGAGAUCCAGACUCUGCGUUGUGGAGGAGUGAGUCUCUAUGUUUCUGUAAAGACGGCCUGCGCUCCCCUCUCACCACUCUACCCUCUGAAGCUCUGCAGACUGAAGCCCUCAAACUCUUCAAGUCCUGUCAGCUGUUCAUCAACGUACUGGUGGAGUCUCCCUCCAUUGACUACCACAUGUCCCUGGCCCAGAAUGCAUUGCAGGUGUGUCUGACGCACCCAGAGCUCCAGAACGAGAUGUACUGUCAGCUGAUUAAACAGACCAACCGCCGCACACCACACAACUCCUCCCUCACUCAGUGCUGGCAGCUGUUGGCUGUGUGUGUGGCUCUCUUUCUGCCUCAGCAACACUUCCUGUGGUACCUCAGACAGUAUCUGCAGCGUCAUGCAGACCCCAGGAGUGAGGUGGGGAAGUAUGCUGUGUACUGUCAGAGGUCUGUAGAGCGUACCCUGCAGAAUGGAGAGAGAGAGGCAAAACCAUCACGUAUGGAGGUCCUGUCUAUCCUGCUGAGGAACCCUUACCACCACUCAUUACCCUUCAGCAUCCCUGUCCACUUUAUGAACAUCACUUACCAGGUGGUAGGCUUCGAUGGCUCCACCACAGUAGACGAGUUCCUGAGCACCCUGACCCAGAGGGUGGGCAUGAGGAAACCACACCUGUCAGGCUUCGCUCUCUUCACUGACGACCCCUCAGGGAGAGACCUGGAGCACUGCCUGCAGCCCAGCGUCAAAAUCUGUGAUGUCAUCUCCAAGUGGGAACAGGCCCUGAAAGAACUGCAUCCUGGGAAAUACGAGGGCACACGCAUCGUCCGUCUGAUGUACAAGAGCAGGUUGUGUUUCCGGGCCCAGGCUAAAGGAGAGACAGAGCGUGAGCGCCUCCUGCUGGCCUACCAGGUGAAUGACGAGGUCCACCAGGGACACUUCCCUGUCAACAAGGAGCUGGCUCUGGAGGUGGCUGCUCUCAUGGCACAGGUGGAGCAUGGGGAUCUGGACCGUCCAGCCCCCUCCUCUGCUAGCUGCAGCUCUCCUCAGCCCAAAACGCAACAAAUCCUCCUACAGGCCCUGGGACGCUUCUACCCCAAGCACUACAAACAAGACUGCAGCAUGGACCAGCUCAGAGAUCUAUCGGAGCGUCUGGCCACUAAGUGGUCAGUCCUGCGCGGCUGCAGUGCCUCAGAGUGUGUCAGAAUCUACCUGACUGUUGCUAGGAAGUGGCCGUUGUUCGGUGCCAAGCUCUUCCAUGCUAAGCCUUUACCCCUGUCGUCUGUAGAGCAGUCCCAGGUCUGGCUAGCUGUCAAUGAGGAUGGACUGUGUGUGCUUGACUAUACCAUGAUCUUGGAGUUGACUCUGUUGAUGGCCAGCUACAUUAACUACUGGACGCCCAGCCUCCCUGGCCCCCCUAUAGCCCAGCACAAGUCCCCAGGACCCGUCUCCCCUCUGGGGCCCCGCGGGACCGGGACAGGGGCUGCAAAGAUGUGGAACUUAGACAGCAGACACUUCCCCUCCAUGACUUACACCACCAAGGGUCCCACUCUACUGUGAAUAUGUCAAGCAACAACAGCAGCAGCAACAAUCAACACCCAUGCUCCAGUUUAUCUUCGGGACAAGACAGUUGUGUCCAGUACGCUCCUUAAAGAAGAAAACAGAUGAAAACAUGGAGAAUCUAUACCUGGAUCUGGUCAAAUGAUACAUGUUUGUUUUCCAUUUCAAAACAUUUUUGCAACAGUGUUCCCUACUGGACAUGACCCAGGACUGAGAAACUACUACAGGCUUUUGUGGUAAAGAGGACAUUGCUCCACAUAUGUUACGUCACUGUCAUUGGCUGUGGUUCUUCUAUGUUAUCCUCAUCCCCUCUAGCCUGAAGUGGAUUCUGUUCCAUAUACACAGGACGUUUCAUUUCUGAAAGAAAAAAACAUUUACCGUGAAGAAAUGGGAGAUGCAAGAUGUAAUCAUUUGUGGUUCACUUUAUAGGAAGAUGCCGCUCUUCAAAUGUUUGAGUUUUAGUCCGUGCUUAAUUUAGGAAAAAUAUGCUAUUUGAGGGACUAUUUGAAAAACAAUUGAGCCUUGAAAUAGGACCAAUACACACCCUACUUCUUGACCUUGGCUGUCAGGCCAUUAUUUCACAUACCCUCUGUCUUUUUUAAAGGGAAAAAAGCUGUUAAUCAAGGAAAGACUGUGAAUUUAUUCUGGCUCUUUGGUACCUAAUAUGGAGCUAGGAAGAAUGACGUAUUCCUUAAACGAUGGAGGCUUGAAGUGGCGUUAACCGGUUUCUGAGGGAAUCUAUUCGACUACAGAGCACUAGUUGUUGCUCACUACCUUCUCCUGACUGGCUUCUGGAGACGCCGUCGCGUUAGAAUGACGCUAUCUGACGGAAGACACUGCAUUAAACUAGUACAAAAUACUUAGACUUAUACUCUGACAUCAAAUUGUACUUGAUUUUUUCAUCAAGCAAUUGAACAAGAUGUCUGACUUAUAGAUCACAGCAGGCCAGAGCCUGAGGAGGAACAGCCCACUGGGUAAAAACUGGUUGAAUCAAUGUUUCCACUACAUUUUAAACCCAAAAAAUCUACGUGAUGACAUUGAAUUAGAAAACUAAUUGGAUUUGGAAAAAGUCACCAACUGUUAAACUAAAUCGAAUGACAUGGUUGAAUGUUUUUGUCAAUAUCACGUUGAAUUCACGGUAGUUGACAACUCAACCAAAUGUCAAUCAAAACUAGACGUUGAACUGAUGUCUGUGCCCCGUGGGAGGCAAGGCGAGAUGACUUAUGGUACUGAUGAUGGUAACAUUCUGACCAAGCAAUGUUUUAUAACAAUUUUGACCACAUACUUUUAUUGUGAAGUACAGAGUAACAAUAUUUUUUAAGCUGAUAGAGAAGAAUAGAGAUGGAAUAUAAUGUGUCUGUCCGCUGUAUGAGGCUUAGUCUGAGAUGUAUCAACUCAUUUGGUGGCAUGUUCCUACUCCUCCACUUACUACCUGCCUUGACAACCAGGGUUGGGAUCAAUUCCAUUUCAAUUCAGUUAUACUGAAAUUCCCAUGUUAUUUCCAAAUCCAGUUUUCCACAUUGCCUUUCAAUUAGAGAAUUUAAAAUGCGAAUUUCAGUUUACUUCUAGAAUUGACUGAAUUGAAAUGGAAUUAACCUCCAGCCUUUUUGACAACACAGUGGAAGGUACUGUUAAUUCAGCCAGGUAGGACUGAUUUAAAUGGAGAGGUCCAGCCACAUAAGAGUGGACUGGUAUGAUUAGUGCUAUUCAAAUGUUAUUAGUGACUUGAAUUGUUUUGGAUGAAACCACUGUCUUGGUCAUUUAAGUCUUAUUUAUUUCAUUUCCUGAUAUUUUGUUGCUUUUUUGAAUGCUGGAAAUUGUUUGGCAGAACUGUUAAAUGUUGAACUGAAACGUUCAAAAUGGCCUUGACUUUGUUUGUCUCUAGUAGCUGAAUAAUUGAACUUGACAGUUUUACGCUGUAGGAAAGCUGUAUGAAUGCUGUAUGAAAGCUGUAUGAAUGUGGUCUGAAUGCUGUAUGGAUGCUGUAUGAAAGCUGUAUGAAAGCUUUAUGAAAGUGGUCUGAAUGCUGUAUGAAUGUUGUAUGAAUGUGGUCUGAAUGCUGUAUGAAUGCUGUAUGAAUGCUGUAUGAAUGCUGUAUGAAUGCUGUAUGAAAGCUUUAUGGAAGUGGUCUGAAUGCUGUAUGAAUGCUGUAUGAAUGCUGUAUGAAUGCUGUAUGAAAGCUGUAUGAAUGCUGUAUGAAUUGUGAAAUAGGGAUGUUAACUCAAUGAAACAGUUUAGAGACGAUGUGCUUAGCUGUUAUGAAGUGUUGUGUUUAAAAUGAAAUAAAAAAAGUGCAUUAUAUACA